CUCCCCAACAGCCACUAGUCCACCACCCCAUCCUCUCCCCCUGGCCCUCUCAAUCUUCAACCACCGCAUUCCUUCUCCCUGUGUCUUCCUAACAGCCACCAUUUCAUCCCCUCUCCCUGCCCCCCCCCACGUGCCACCACUCAUUUCUUCUUCGUACCUCUUCCCAACUGUCAUCCUCCACAAGCUCAAAUUUAAUGGCGACAGUAAACGUAUUAACAAAGUUUUUCUAAUCCAAAGUAGCUAAGAUUUCUCUUUAUUGGUAUUUCUUGGAGGGAUUAGAAUCUCAUUCUAUCAAUCAGCAUCAGUUUCCAUUAAUUCUCCUCUUAAUUGCCCUUGUAAUAACAUGUGUGGUGGUCUAAUCUUCUACACCGAAUGAUGAAAUUAUGGUAGUGGUUAGGGCUACGCCGGGGCUGAGCCUGCUGAUCGUGGGAAGGGGUGGGAUAUUCUGAAUUUUUUACUCUUUUUCAUAAUUUUUUUGUUAUUUUAAUUUACUUUUUUGUUUUUGCUAAUUUAUCUGUAAAAACAGGUCGUACUUUGCCCAAUAAUAUUUUUAGGUAAGUGCAUAAUUAAUUAAUAAAUCGAGUAAAAGUUAGAUUAUGCACGAUAUUUUAUUUUUUUUUAAGUUUAUCUUCGCAUGAAUGGUUUAAAUCCAAGUCUUUUCAGUGUUAACCCACCAAUCAGUUUCCAUAAUUGGCGGGUAAAAAUGCUGUUGCAAAGAGUUCGUUUCUUCAUCCCUCAAUUGUCAUCCUCUCCAAAACCCACCAGCCAUUAUCCCAGAUCCUUCAAUUUCUCCUUUUCCUUCCCCCUAGAUCCCCCAUUUUUUCUCUCCAUUAAUCAUCCCACCAACCGCCAUGGAUUCUCUAGUUCUGCAGCUCCUUCACCACCUUCAUCCGCCAGUAAAUUCACCCAAACGGUACUCUUCGUUCCCCCGGGUGUCGACCCGAACGACACAACGGAAGAAAUGGUCCUUCCUGGGUCCAAUAUUGUGGUAGGACCCUAUGCGGGUCAUUCCCGGAUUAAGGAAGUUGAGUUUGUAAAGAGCAGUAACAUGCCUAAAGAUUGCCCCAAAGAUGGGUUGCCUGAAUUUGCCGUUCUGGGUCGGUCUAAUGUUGGGAAAUCUUCUCUUAUUAACGCUCUUGUUAAGAAGAAAGAAGUUGCUUUAACAUCUAAAAAACCAGGGAAGACUCAACUCAUCAACCAUUUUCUGAUUAACAGGAGCUGGUAUAUUGUUGACUUGCCUGGAUAUGGGUUUGCCAAAGCCUCUGAAUCUGCUCGAACAGACUGGUCUGUGUUCACAAAAGGCUACUUCCUGAACAGAAAUACACUAGUGGCCGUGCUGCUUCUUGUUGAUGCAAGUGUUCCCCCACAGAAGAUUGAUCUUGAUUGUGCUAAUUGGCUUGGACGCAACAAGAUACCUAUCACUUUUGUAUUCACCAAAUGUGAUAAGAGUAAAGGAGGAAAAGGUGCACGGCCUGAGGAAAACAUCAGAAAUUUCCAGCAGUUGAUUAGAGAGAACUACAAGCAACAUCCGCCAUGGAUUAUGACCAGUAGUGUAACUGGUUUAGGACGAGAAGAACUUCUUCUCCACAUGUCCCAGCUUAGAAACUACUGGGAUUCCUAGAAAUAAUACAAAUUCAAUAAUUCGCUUUUUUUGAUUUAUGAUUUGUGAGAAGAGUAGCAGAUUAUGUAUACCCUUGUUAAAGAUCUAGAAUACAAGUUAGAGUAAGCAACUUCAUUGAUUUAUCACUAAAUUUGUUGUUCCACUCUUGUAAGAUGUAACUAAUGAUCAAUUCGUCAUUGUAGCAUAACACAUGUUUAUUUGAUAGUGAUACUCAGCUGUGAGCCUGUGA